CUCGAAUCGGGUAGAAGGAGAGCCGGGUGAAGGGAGCAUUGACUACAAGCAGCGCAAAGCAAUGACAGGACCCAGAGCAUUUUGGCGAGGUGCACGCGGAGUUAGGAAGGCCCAAUUGGUGUCCAGACAUUUGUCAGCAGACUUUGUACAGAAGAACUAUGAGGUGGUCAAGCAGCUCAAUAGUGGCAGCUUUUCACGCGUCAACCUGGUACGUGAGCGUGGCACCGACGCCCUGCGGGUGUGCAAGGUCAUCGACAUCAAAGACAUGGAUCCACACGUGCUGGGUAUGAUGCGGAAAGAGGUUCAGGUCUUGUCAGCCCUUGACCACCCCAACAUUGUGCGGCUCUAUGAAUUUGCGGAGGACGAGAAAACUCAAGAAUUGGUGCUGAUUCUGGAGUACGUCCCUGGCGGCGAUUGCAUUGACCUGCUGGAGGAGCGUGAGCGGUUGCUACCCGAAAAGUUGGUGGCCAGGAUCAUUCAUCAGUUGCUGGUGGUCCUGAACUACUGCCACAAAAGUGGCAUCACUCAUAGAGAUGUGAAGCCUGAGAAUAUCAUGCUGACAUCCCUGUCUGACGACGCUUUCUGCAAGGUGAUCGACUUCGGCCUGGCAACGCCAUACAAAGGCAGAGUGAAGGAAUUUGCGGGCACUGUAUCGUACUUGGCGCCAGAGCUUGCAAUCGCACAGUCGGGCUUCUCCAUGGCAGCUGACAUUUGGGCAGUCGGCGUUACAGCCUUUGAGUUACUUGCAGGCAUCUCGCCCUUUGGAAAGCAACAGGAAUAUGGAAAUUCAAUAGAGCCAAUUCUGGAGCAGUUGUGCGAGUACGAAAGCUUCGAUGAGGACCUCUAUCAGACCUUCCGCGCAUCGCCGGGACAUCAGCGCCUUUGGCGCAGUUCUGAGGCGCGAGACUUUCUCCGAGUACUUUUGGCAGCUGACCCGGAGGAGCGCCCUACCGCCGAAAAGGCUCUGCAGCAUCCGUGGUUGCUCCGACACCAGCCUGACCCCGUACCCAUUGCCGAGGAGAUGCUGAGAAGCUUUGUGGGGUUCACGGAGGCAACGCAGAUGCACAGAAGCUGCCUCUAUGCCCUUGCCGGGAAAGGUCAUUUUGACGAGUUGGAUGUGCACAUGAUUGGCUACGCCUUCGCACAAGCUGAUAGUGACCAUGAUGGAAGGAUUUCUAAGGAGGACUUGCUCAAUGCCAGCCAGGCGAGCAGUUGGUGGUCAUGGAACAGGGGAUCUGAGGUCGACAUGGAGGCGUUUCUCAAGGCUGCAGAUCAGGAUUGCAAAGGAUACCUGGGCUACACUGAUUUCGUGGCUGCCUGCCUGUUCCAGAUACACCCCACUCUUGACGAUGCCCUUGUGGACAACACCUUCGAUGUGCUGGACCAUGACCGAAACGGCCGUUUGAAGGCAGAUGAUGUCAUGCCUGCCUUCCCGCGAUACCCAGCUGGACUUCCAAAGUACUGUGCCUUCAAGCGCGCAGAGUGGCAUCAAUGCGUGUUUCGUGAGGUGGAGGAUGAAUUGGCCAGGACCUCAACAGAAGACUCUGAGGAGUCGCCAGGUUUUCUGGCCCGGAUCUUCAGCGGAUUCUUUUGCAGGCACAUCGAUGACGGGGAGGGUCAUGAACUUUCAGUUGAUGCCACGCCACCACAAUUUCGGGACAAGGUCAGUGAGUUGAGAUCAUCCACCGCUUGCGCGCUGCCUCCAAUCGCGCCGGCAGCUGACAUGGUGCUUGCAGCACGGGCAACUGCUCAGCAGGCGAAGGCCAACUACCUGAAACCACCCAAGGGGCUACUGCCUUGGGCAGCCACAGGCGCUUCAUUCAGUAGUGCUUCGACUUUCACCUCCUUCUCUUCAGCUGCGGCAACUGGGAACUUUGGACCUCGUGUCGGCUUCUCCUGAACCAUCAGCCCGCAACUGUCUUUAGAUCAUUUUUCCGCGCCUGGCAAUGUCGUAGGCCACUUUGACGCUCCUGCUGAGCAGGCGUGCGCCAAAGGUAACAAAUCCUUUCACCAGGCUUAGGAAUGGGCAGCCUGAUGUAGCUUAGGAGGCUUGGAGACCGGGCUGCUUGAAGUCAACCUUUCAUUCCCUGCAGCCUGCCGAUUGGCAAGUGAU